GCACAUUGCGCAGUGCGCAUCGACACCGGAAAAGGGUUAGCAAAAUCCAUGUUACGACAUGCAGGAACUUUUCAUUGAUGGAAAAACUGAUACCGCUACAAAAAUGCUUUGAUAAGCAAGACGAGAUUGGUUUAUAAUAUGGAGACAAACACGGAAGAUUUGAAAAUCGUAGCCAUCGCAUUUCAUGAAGAACACCUCAGCCUAGCAGAGCCCGUAGAUGAUGGAUCUGUCGCUCAUGAGGCAACCAAACAAAACAUGGACGCCGAAGAAGUAAAUACGUCGGAAACUCCUCAAAAUGAGGAUAUACUAAACGCUGUCGAAAUAUGUCGGGUGUGUUUGCUCGAAAGUGUAGAAAUGAAAGACCUAUUUCUGGUAGACGAUGUUGUUUCAUUGUCUAGCAAAGCUAUGAGCUUCACCAACGCUAAGAUGCUACCUGGAGAUGGUUUGCCCGCACAGGUCUGUGCUUCCUGUGCAGCUAAGUUGGAUGCAGCCUACGAAUUCAAGCUCCAAGUAGAGCAAGCGGAUGGUGUUUUGAGAGAGAGAUACAUGUCAUUGAAUAUUAAGGAUGAAUUAUUUUUCAACGAGGUAGAAAUACACCUGGAAACAAAUCAAAGUGGUGAUAAAAUUGGCGAACAGUCAACAGAUAUUGAUAUACAACUUUGCCCAGAAUCAAUCCAAGAAGCCGAAUUAAAUGAUACAACAGAAGAACCUCAUCUACUUGAAGAUGACUUGGCACUUUUGCGGGUUAAAAACCGUUCAGAAGAUCAGGGAAGCAAUUCGGAAGUUAGGGAGGUUUCGCCGGAAGGUACAGAGAAUUCUGAAACCGAACCAGACAUCAUACAGCAUACACCCAUGGAUCCUGGCAGAAUUGUUGCUCAGGAACAUGGUUAUGGAGCGCAACUGAAAUCCGAAUCAGACGAGCAUUUACUUCCGGGAAAAUCAUUCGGAAAGUCCGGUCAACUAAGUAAAAGUGAUGAGAAUCAGUUGGAAAAUGUUAAGCUAGAAGAGAGCAGUAGGGAACAAACAGUGACUCAAAAGAAAAAAGAGCAAAUUUGCAAAGCAUUGCCUCAGAUCGAAACAAGGAAAAGUAAACGCAAGUCAGCUCAAAAACUCCCUAUCAUUGAUCAUGACUCGGACGAAGACAAUUACUUUGAGAAUUUAAAUUUGAGCUCUAGAUUAAAACAGAGUCCACCAAAUAAGGCUGAGAGCGUUUAUUACAUGUGUUACAUUUGCGAUAAACAUUUUUUGGCUAAGAGCAUUUUAAAAGAACACAUGCACUCUCAUGAAGAAGUGAGAAAAGUUAUGUCUUUAGUGAAGGUGCCUGAAAAAAGUCCAAAAAUUACAACCCCAGCAAAACAUUGUCCAUCUGGUAAACAACCCAACAAAUGUCCCCAUUGCGGUAAAGAAUACUUGUAUAUAAUUUCGUAUAAGAAACAUCUUAAGCAACAUGAGAGUGAAAAAGAAGAAUCCAAAGUUGAACCGAUGCCAUUGGAAGUAUCAUUUCACGAGGAUGACAACACUCUAGAUUUUGAAAACUCUGACAAUAGUUAUGAUUCUGAUCCAUUAUCCCAAGAGGGAAAACAUACUUGUGAGAAGUGCAAAGAAGCUUUCAGCACAAAAAAAGCUCUUCAAAAACAUAUGACUAAGCAUGAAGCACUCAUGUGCAACAUUUGCAAUCAAGAAUUUGGCGAUCUGGAUGCAUUUAAAACUCACCAGACUCAACACGUGUCUGAAGAAGUUUUGACAGCAGAAGACUUGGAAGAAAAUCUGAAGUAUGUUUCCCAACUCUUAGAGAGUACCCAUGACGAUGAAGGAGUUCGUGUGCGCAGAAAAACCAGACAUUCUGGAAACAAAGGCCUACAAUGUCCUAAAUGCCCCAUGGUUUACUCUCACAAAAAAUCUUUAUUGCGGCACCUAGAAAUUCAUACAGGGAUACAGUAUGUAUGUAAGUUAUGCAGUCAACAAUUUUCUCGUAAAGAUCACUUGCGAAGACAUAUGGAACAGCAUGGUAGAAUAAAAUCAUUCAAUUGUACUCAAUGCAAUAAGACGUUUGGAAAUGAAUUGACGUUACGAAAUCAUCUGAUUGCAACAAAUCAUAAAACCAUUAUUCGAGGGGAAGAGUAUGAUCCCAAUAAACGUCCAAAACGUGUAGCUGCAAAAGAAGCGCAAAAAAUUAUUGACAAAAUCAAAACAGAAAAUGAUGGAGAUGACAAUGAUAGCAGCGAUGAUGUAGAACAACCUCGAAAGAGAUCAUACGAGAAAAAAGAAUACGAAUGUGCCACAUGCAGCAGCAAAUGUGCUUCCAAACAGUCUUUAGCUAAGCACAUGGAGAUGCACAUUAAAGACGAAAAAAGCGAAAAGCAAAUAAAUCGCGGCUCAGAUGAUGACUCAGAUUUUGACACAGGUCUAGAAUGGCUCAUAGACACUCAUGAAUGUCCAACUUGUAAGAAAAGAUAUAGUACAAAAAAAUCUUUGCUGCGGCAUCAACUACUGCAUGAAGAGCCAAACUUCGAAUGCGAUAUUUGCAAUAUGAAAUUUUAUCGAAAAGACAAAUUGAAAGCACAUUAUGACAAAUGUUCAGAAAAGAAUCCAGACCAAGUCAGAAAGUGUAAUAUCUGCGGAGACAGCUUUGAAAACAAUAAUUUGUUGAAGGAACACAGAGCUAAGCAUGUCACAGAGGGUAUUUUAACUGAGGAAGAUUUAAGAGAUAUUGAACCACAGACUGAUGAAAAAAGGCUUGGAGAAAAAAUAACCAGAAAAAGAAGAACUGAUAUUGUCGGACUUGAGUGUAGAGAGUGCAACAAGCUUUACACUUCACGGAAAGGAUUACUGCGUCACAUACAGGUUCAUGAGGGUAAAAAGUAUCUGUGUGACAUUUGUCCAAAGAAAUUUUACAGGCGAGAACAUCUCAAAAUACAUGUGGCCAAGCACAAUAUGAUAAAACCGCACAAAUGCAAUCGUUGCACCAAACGUUUUGCCAAAGAAGAACAACUGACCAAUCAUGUAUCCAAACAUGACAGGAAUUUCAAAAAAAACAAGGAAACGGAUAGCUCUAAAAGAUUCCUAUGCGAAAUUUGUUCCAAGAGCUUUACCCAAUCAACAACCCUGAUUGCUCAUCUCAGAGCCCAUAAUGGAAUAAAGCCUUAUGUGUGUGAAGUAUGUUCUCGUCCCUUCACAACAAAUGCAUAUCUCAAAAUGCACAUGAGAACCCAUACUCAAGAAAGACCCUACACUUGCCAAUACUGUUCGCGAGCUUUUGCAAGGGCAGAUACAUUGGCAAAUCAUCUUACAUCUCAUACAGGGGAAGCCAAGUACCAUUGCAAAUAUUGUCCAAAAAAUUUCAGACGAUUAAAAUCCUUGAAAGAACAUGUAUUUAUUCAUACUGGUCAGAGGCCUUAUGCCUGUCCAACCUGCGACCGAAGAUUUAACAAUAAUGGAAGUCGCUAUGCUCAUAGUAAGAGAUGCAAACAAAAUUUAUUGCAGAACCAGAACAGGGGUCAAGAAUCUGCGAACCAAGGGAGAAUUCAUGUGAAUAACCCAAUGCAAACUGUGAAACCCCAGAGUGUAAAAACAAUCACGAUCACCAGUCAAGCUGAUAGUGUUACUGGGCAGCAAGUUAUACAGCAUCAAGAGAUUCUCAUGCCUCUAAUCUUGCCAUUGACGGUUACAUUGGCUGAUGUCGGUGAAGAAGUUAUCCUACCUGAAGGCACAAAGAUUUUCACAACCUCGUAAUCAUGAAGAUGAUUUAGAUUUUUACCAUCAGUCAAGAGUUACACAAUGAAUGCUGGGAAGCAUGAUACUUUUUUCAUGAAAAUACUUGUCUGAUCUUACCUUUUUUUGACGAUUCAAGUAUCAACAAAUGAGAAAUAAAUGACAAAUUGUCAGAAUCGUAAAUUCACAACACGAUCAAUUUGCUUUUCAGAAAUGCGGCGGCAAUAGAGUUUGGCUACCUUUAGCUGAAAGUAUGUAAGACUUGGAUAGAAUCUGAUGAAUUCAUGACACGAUUAUGUACGACUACGUCCUUAUGCGAACUAAAUUUAUACUUGAAUUGAUUGUAUGAUCUAUAUGAUCGCAUUUUAAUAUUUAAUGUUCUAUGCAUAUAGAUGAUUCAUACCUUUCCUGUAAAAUGUAAUAUGUACAUUUACUGCAACAAUUUUAGUAGCGUCAUUGUUGUACUAAAGUGUUUUUACCUAAUUUAAGAGAACUUUUAAAAUAUAUUGUAACAUAAACCAUAGAUAUUAAGCAGCUUCAAAAUAUGUCUAAGCUGAGUUUAGAGAAUUGAAACAAAUUUAUGAAAGAACAGCAUCUAUCCAGUUCACUAUUCCUGUUCAUGCGAUUAUCUCCUAAUUUUAUAAUUGCAUUAGGCAAUCCCAUAAGUUUUUGCCAUACACGAAUAAGAUCGCAUGCAUUAGGUAAUUUCUUAAUUGUGCUAGAAAUUACUAUGAUAUAUGUUAAUCAUGAUUUCAUUUUGAUAUGUAAAUAACCUUGGUAUAGUGAUAAAUAGAAGUUUAUUAUAUUAA